UUUUUAAAAGGAGAGAAGAACGAGUCUUAGCCAAAGGUCACUCUCAAGGGGCUAGGGCGCCAAGAGUAUAUCUACUGUGCAACUCUCGUAUUCCCCCUCACAAUUGAGGAAAGACCAGACAGAGACAACAUGAAGAUGCAGAUGCUGCUGGUGUUGGCUGUAGCAGUCUUGAUGGUUCCCAGUCUGUCUGAGGGACGGAUCCUCUCAAAAUGUGAGCUGAAGAGCUUAUUGGAGGAGGCGGCCUUCAAAUUCAACCUGACUGAGAAAGCCAGAGAGAAUUAUCUGACAAACAAGGACUUUGUGGCAAAAAUCGUCUGCCACGUAGAGAAGGCCACAGGUUUCAACACCAGCUUUGUGACUCCUUGGAGGGAUGAUGAUGACAGCCCUACCCGCCCUGCUAAGGAUGAUAACCGCCCGACCCGUCCUACCCACCCGGAGCACCCUCCUAGGAGGGGUAAGAGACACGCUGGGGAUUCUCACGGGGAUUCAUCCACCACUGAAAGUCAUCAGUUCAGCCCAUCAAAAGAGGACUCCAGAAAAGAAGACUCCAGCAAAGAGGACUCCAGAAAAGAAGACUCCAGCAAAGAGGACUCCAGAAAAGACGACUCCAGCAAAGAGGACUCCAGAAAAGACGACUCCAGCAAAGAGGACUCCAGCAAAGACGACUCCAGCAAAGAGGACUCCAGCAAAGAGGACUCCAGCAAAGAGGACUCCAGAAAAGAAGACUCCAGCGAAGAAGAGACCAUGAGGACCCUCUACGGCUUGUUUCAGCUGAGCGACCGUGUGAUCUGUGCCAGCGGCUCCACUCCGUCUCUGAACCUUUGCCAGAUGAACUGCAGUGAUUUGAUUGACGACGACAUCAGUGACGACUUGGACUGUGUGGAGACGAUCAAACAGACAGUGGAAAGUGGGCCCAGGGAUCAUAAAAUGGCUUUAAUGAGAAUGUUUAAGCUGCUCUUCCAGAAGGAAUGUGUCAUGACGGAUGCCUCUAGCUACUUCUCCGAGUGUUGAAUGAGAAGCAAUGUCAGAUGACGACCCCCCCCCAAAGUGUCUUUUCGCACACUAAUCGUUCACUCUUUAAACAAUACAUUGAGUUACAUAGGGUGAAUUUACACAGGCAGCCCAACUCUAAGCUUUUGCCCAAUUAUUAACCAAUUGCAAAAAAUGACCAAUGCCAAAAUAUCAUAAUUGAGCUUCCUGUGUAAAUGUAGCCAUGGUGUGUAACAAUUAGUUCUCAUAAGCCUCAUUUUCACAAAGUACACCAAAAUAGAAUGUAUGUAGAAAGAAUAAAGUUGAACAGUAUA